GGGAGUAGAGUCGGCGGGACCAGCCGCAGUACUUCAUCUCCCGGCGGGCUCAGCGCUGAAGGCUGCGGCGCGGCGCGGCGCCUUUGUGGAAGCAGUGGCCCAGCGCGGAGGAAGUUCCGGUCUCCGCGGCGCUGGGUCGGUGGCGGAGGCUGAGAAGAAGAAGUAGUGGGCCGUGGAGGCUUCGCCGCCUAGGCACUGCUAUUACCAGAAUUUGGUAGAAAAAGGAUCUACUUGUUGGCGGCCUCUUGAUAAAAAGAGAUGUGGGGGGAUUCUCGACCUGCUAACAGAACUGGACCUUUUCGUGGGAGCCAAGAAGAAAGGUUUGCUCCCGGGUGGAACAGGGAUUAUCCUCCUCUUCCCCUUAAGAGUCAUGCUCAAGAGAGACACUCUGGCAACUUUCCUGGCAGAGAUUCACUUCCCUUUGAUUUCCAGGGGCAUUCGGGGCCUCCUUUUUCAAAUGUAGAGGAGCAUUCUUUCAGCUAUGGAGCUAGAGAUGGACCGCAUGGUGACUAUCGAGGAGGGGAGGGACCUGGACAUGAUUUCAGGGGGGGUGAUUUUUCAUCUUCUGAUUUCCAGAGCAGAGAUUCAUCACAGUUGGACUUCAGGGGUAGGGACAUACAUUCUGGGGAUUUUCGGGAUAGAGAAGGACCACCUAUGGACUAUAGGGGUGGAGAUGGUACUUCUAUGGAUUAUAGAGGUAGGGAGGCACCUCAUAUGAACUACAGAGACAGGGAUGCUCACGCUGUUGACUUCAGAGGUAGGGAUGCUCCUCCAUCUGACUUCAGGGGCCGGGGCACUUAUGAUUUAGAUUUUAGAGGCCGGGAUGGAUCCCAUGCAGAUUUUAGGGGAAGGGAUUUAUCAGAUUUGGAUUUCAGGGCCAGAGAACAGUCCCGUUCUGAUUUUAGGAAUAGAGAUGUAUCUGAUUUGGACUUUAGGGACAAAGAUGGAACACAAGUAGACUUUAGAGGCCGAGGUUCAGGUACUGCUGAUCUAGACUUUAGGGACAGGGAUACACCACAUUCAGAUUUCAGAGGUAGACACCAGUCUAGGACUGAUCAGGAUUUUAGGGGCAGAGAGAUGGGACCUUGUAUGGAAUUUAAAGAUAGGGAGAUGCCCCCUGUGGAUCCAAAUAUUUUGGAUUACAUUCAGCCCUCUACACAAGAUAGAGAACAUUCUGGUAUGAAUGUGAACAGGAGAGAAGAAUCCACACAUGACCGUACGAUAGAAAGGCCUGCUUUUGGCAUUCAGAAGGGAGAAUUUGAGCAUUCAGAAACAAGAGAAGCAGAAACACAAGGUGUAGCCUUUGAACAUGAGUCUCCAGCUGACUUUCAGAACAGCCAAAGUCCAGUUCAAGACCAAGAUAAGUCACAGCUUUCUGGAGGUGAACAGCAGAGUUCAGAUGCUGGUCUGUUUAAAGAAGAAGGCGGUCUGGACUUUCUUGGGCGGCAAGACACUGACUACAGAAGCAUGGAGUACCGUGAUGUGGAUCAUAGGCUGCCAGGAAGCCAGAUGUUUGGCUAUGGCCAGAGCAAGUCUUUUCCAGAGAGCAAAACUGCCCGAGAUGCCCAACGGGACCUUCAGGAUCAAGAUUAUAGGACUGGCCCAAGUGAGGAAAAACCCAGCAGGCUUAUUCGAUUAAGCGGGGUGCCUGAAAAUGCCACAAAAGAAGAGAUUCUUAAUGCUUUUCGGACUCCUGAUGGUAUGCCUGUAAAGAACUUGCAGCUGAAGGAGUAUAACACAGGUUACGACUAUGGCUAUGUCUGCGUGGAGUUUUCACUCUUGGAAGAUGCCAUCGGAUGCAUGGAGGCCAACCAGGGAACUCUAAUGAUCCAAGACAAAGAAGUUACCCUCGAGUAUGUACCAAGCCUGGAUUUUUGGUACUGCAAACGAUGUAAGGCAAGCGUUGGUGGGCACCGAUCUUCCUGUUCAUUCUGCAAGAACCCAAGGGAAGUGACAGAAGCCAAGCAAGAAUUAAUAACCUACCCUCAGCCCCAGAAAACAUCUAUACCAGCACCAUUGGAAAAACAAGCCAACCAGCCCCUAAAACCUGCUGAUAAGGAACCUGAACCCAGGAAGAGGGAAGAAGGACAAGAGUCCCGCUUAGGACAUCAAAAGAGAGAAGCAGAAAGGUAUCUGCCUCCUCGAAGGGAAGGGCCAACUUUCCGAAGAGACCGAGAGAAAGAGUCAUGGUCUGGAGAGACACGCCAGGAUGGAGAGAGCAAAACUAUCAUGCUAAAGCGUAUCUAUCGUUCCACACCACCUGAGGUGAUAGUGGAAGUGCUGGAGCCCUAUGUUCGCCUUACUACUGCCAACGUUCGUAUCAUCAAGAACAGAACAGGCCCUAUGGGCCAUACCUAUGGCUUUAUUGACCUUGACUCCCAUGCGGAAGCUCUUCGUGUGGUGAAGAUCUUGCAGAACCUUGAUCCACCAUUUAGUAUUGAUGGGAAGAUGGUGGCUGUAAACCUGGCCACUGGAAAACGAAGAAAUGAUUCUGGGGACCAUUCUGACCACAUGCAUUACUAUCAGGGUAAAAAAUAUUUCCGAGAUAGGAGGGGAGGUGGCAGAAAUUCAGACUGGUCUUCAAAUACAAAUCGACAAGGACAACAGUCAUCAUCUGACUGCUACAUAUAUGAUUCCGCUACUGGCUACUAUUAUGACCCCUUGGCAGGAACUUAUUAUGACCCCAAUACCCAGCAAGAAGUCUAUGUGCCCCAGGAUCCUGGAUUACCUGAGGAAGAAGAGAUCAAGGAAAAAAAACCCACCAGUCAAGGAGAGUCAAGUCGUAGGAGUGACAUGUGUAAGAGGACUUUGUUUGACUCUAUACACAUUUCACUAGUUGUAAUUAUAGCAGGAGGUACUGUUUAUCGUAAGUAUAAACUUUUUGUCAGUUACCUCUGGUUUGAUCAGUUUCAGGAAAAUGCCAGUGAAGGGAAGGCUCCUCCUGAAGACGUCUUUAAGAAGCCCUUGCCUCCUACUGUGAAGAAGGAAGAGAGUCCCCCUCCACCUAAAGUGGUAAACCCAUUGAUCGGCCUCUUGGGUGAAUAUGGAGGAGACAGUGACUAUGAGGAGGAAGAAGAGGAGGAACAGACCCCUCCCCCACAGCCUCGCAUAGCACAGCCCCAGAAGCGAGAGGAGCUAACAAAGAAGGAGAAUGAAGAAGACAAACUCACAGACUGGAAUAAACUGGCUUGUUUGCUCUGCAGAAGGCAGUUUCCCAAUAAAGAAGUUCUGAUCAAACACCAGCAGCUGUCAGACCUGCACAAGCAAAACCUGGAAAUUCACCGGAAGAUAAAACAAUCUGAGCAGGAGCUAGCCUAUCUGGAAAGGAGAGAACGAGAGGGAAAGUUUAAAGAAAGAGGAAAUGAUCGCAGGGAAAAGCUCCCAUCUUUUGACUCUCCAGAAAGAAAACGGAUUAAAUACUCCAGGGAAACUGACAGGAAAUGUGCAUGGAAGGUUGGCUGGCAGCUUCACCUACCCAAAUCCAACGAGACUUACCGAGAUGCUGUUCGAAGAGUCAUGUUUGCUCGGUAUAAAGAACUCGAUUAAGAGUGGAGACAAGUUCCGUGAUAUACGACCUCCUUGUUUUGUUUGUCUCUCCUUUUCUUUUGUUACUGUUCUUGCUGCUAGAACUUUUUUAAAUAAACUUUUUUUCAAUGUGA